UCUCAUUGUUUAUUACUCCCAAAACCAAAAACCAAUUUCAAUCUCUCUGUCUUAAUUCACCACUUUCUUCCCACACUUUCUCUCUCUUACAUUUUCUCAAUACAGCACGAUAUACAUAUAAUAAAUUAUACACAUAGUUGUUUCCUUCUGUUGAAGUCGGAGGUGGUUUUUUGUAAUGGGACCGCCGGCGAAGAGUACCUACAAAGACCUGCAGCUGACCGGAAUCAGCGGCCGUGAAUCGACGGAGAUCGAUAUUCACGAUGAUCUCGAAGAUGUUAGAUUACUUGAUUCUUAUGAAAAUGAUAACAAUAAUAAUAAAAUUAAUGAGGGUUUGAAGAGAAUUCAGGUCAAAGUAACAGGGAUGACGUGUGCAGCCUGUUCAAAUUCAGUUGAAGCUGCUGUUAUGAGCUUAAACGGCGUCGUUUCUGCUACUGUUGCUUUGUUGCAACAUAAAGCUGAUGUUGUUUUUCAUCCUCAUUUACUCAAGGAAGACGAUAUUAAGAAUGCGAUAGAGGAUGCAGGGUUUGAUGCAGAGGUUCUACAAGAUAAGAGUACUGCGCGCACAAAGCAACAAGGAACUCUGGUAGGGCAGUUCACAAUCGGUGGCAUGACAUGUGCUGCUUGUGUUAAUUCCGUUGAAGGUAUCCUAAGAAAGCUUGAUGGUGUUAAAAGAGCCAUUGUUGCUCUUCCAACAUCGUUAGGCGAAGUGGAAUAUGACCCUGAAAUAAUUAGUAAAGAAGAAAUUGUCUCAGCAAUUGAAGAUGCGGGUUUUGAUGCGUCUUUUGUACAAAGCAAUGAGCAGGAUAAAAUUAUAUUAGGAGUGGUUGGGGUAACAAAUGAUUUGGAUGCACAAGUAUUAGAAAACAUACUUUGCAACUUAAAAGGAGUUAGACAAUUCGGUUUGAACAGGAUAUCACGAGAAUUGGAUAUUCUGUUUGAUACUGAGAUUCUUGGUCCUAGAUCUUUAGUGGAUGCGAUUGUUAGCGAAAGCUCUGGGAGGUUUCAGGUGCAUGUAAAAAACCCAUUUACUAGAAUGGUAUCUCAAGAUGAUGAAGAAUCAGCAAACAUGUAUAGGCUCUUUACAUCAAGUCUUCUUCUCAGUUUUCCUAUCUUCCUCAUGCGAUUCAUAUGUCCACACAUACCUCUUCUUUAUGCCUUAUUGCUCAAGCGAUGUGGACCAUUCCAAAUGGGUGAUUGGCUGAACUGGCUAUUGGUCACUAUUGUGCAGUUUGUCAUUGGGAAGCGGUUUUAUAUUGCAGCUUUUAGAGCACUACGUAAUGGUUCAACAAAUAUGGAUGUUUUGGUGGCGCUGGGCACUACAGCAUCUUAUGUUUAUUCUGUGUAUGCACUUUUAUAUGGUGCUAUCACUGGAUUUUGGUCUCCGACUUACUUUGAAACUAGUGCUAUGUUAAUAACUUUCGUGUUACUAGGGAAGUACUUGGAAAUUCUUGCAAAAGGGAAAACAUCAGAUGCUAUUAAGAAGUUAGUAGAGCUCGUGCCAGCUACUGCUUUGCUACUUGUUAAAGACAAAAGUGGGAAGAAUGUUGGAGAAAGGGAAAUAGAUGCAUUGCUGAUUCAACCUGGUGAUGUGUUAAAAGUUCUUCCAGGUACAAAGGUUCCUGUUGACGGUAAUGUUGUAUGGGGUUCAAGUUACGUGAACGAAAGUAUGGUUACUGGUGAAUCUGCACCUGUUUUGAAGGAGGUUGAUUCAUUAGUGAUCGGAGGUACUAUAAAUUUUCAUGGUUUACUCCAUGUUCGAGCCACCAAAAUUGGUUCUGAUACAGUUUUGAGCCAAAUAAUAUCACUGGUUGAGACUGCACAAAUGUCAAAAGCACCUAUUCAGAAAUUUGCUGAUUAUGUUGCAAGCAUUUUCGUCCCUACUGUUGUUGCUUUGUCAUUGUUAACACUACUAGGGUGGUAUAUUAGCGGAUCCCUUGGAGCUUACCCAGACGAUUGGUUACCCGAAAACGGAAACCACUUUGUUUUUGCACUUAUGUUUUCAAUAUCAGUAGUUGUGAUUGCAUGUCCAUGUGCGCUUGGUUUGGCCACCCCAACCGCUGUCAUGGUUGCAACUGGUGUUGGAGCGAAUAAUGGGGUUCUAAUCAAAGGAGGAGAUGCGCUGGAGAGGGCUCAGAAGGUUCAAUAUGUUAUAUUUGAUAAAACAGGAACUUUAACUCAAGGUAAAGCCACAGUGACCACUGUCAAAGUAUUUACAGAAAUGGACCGGGGAGAUUUCCUCAGACUGCUAGCUUCUGCCGAGGCAAGCAGUGAACAUCCGUUGGCAAAGGCAAUACUUGAAUAUGCUCGUCACUUUCAGUUUUUUGAGACCACUGCAACCAAAGAUUCUCAAGAUAAGAACAAUGAGUCAGCAAUGUCCGGAUGGCUACUUGAUGUGUUGGAUUUUUCUGCAAUUCCUGGAAGAGGUGUUCAGUGUUCAAUCAAUGGCAAACAGAUUUUGGUUGGUAACCGAAGUUUGCUGAUUGAUAACGGAAUUACCGUUUCAACAAAUGUUGAAAAUUUUGUUGUCGAUCUAGAGGAGAACGCAAAGACUGGUAUUCUUGUGGCGUAUGAUUCUGAGUUGAUAGGUGUUGUGGGAGUGGCUGAUCCGUUGAAGAGGGAAGCAGCUGUGGUUGUGGAAGGGCUCAAAAAAAUGGGUAUUGUACCUAUCAUGGUUACCGGAGACAAUUGGCGGACAGCUAGAGCUGUUGCAAAGGAGGUGGGCAUUCAAGACGUAAGGGCUGAAGUGAUGCCAGCAGGAAAAGCCGAUGUUAUUUGUUCAUUUCAAAAAGACGGUAGCAUAGUCGCGAUGGUUGGAGAUGGUAUCAACGAUUCACCUGCUUUGGCUGCAGCCGAUGUUGGUGUUGCCAUCGGGGCAGGAACCGACAUUGCCAUAGAAGCAGCUGACUACGUUUUAAUGAGAAACAACUUGGAAGAUGUAAUUACAGCCAUAGAUCUAUCAAGAAAGACCUUCACUCGUAUUCGGCUAAAUUAUGUUUUUGCCAUGGCUUACAACGUGAUCUCUAUCCCAAUUGCAGCUGGUGUUUUCUUUCCUUGGUUAAGGAUCAAGUUGCCACCAUGGGUUGCUGGUGCAUGUAUGGCUCUUUCUUCUGUAAGUGUUGUGUGCUCUUCUUUGCUUCUACGUAGAUAUAGAAAACCACGACUUACUACAAUAUUGGAAAUAACUGUAGAGUAGAAAAAUUUGGGGGGGCGCUGUGGGUUGUAUUACAAUGUGAAAAAAGAAGGGAAGAUGGCUCAAGGAGUCCUGAGUUUUGUGUGAUUUAUUCAUUUCUUUACUUCAUGUAUAAUCUCUCUUCAAUGUAAAUGUAGCUUCUUGUAUUUCUUUGUAGUUGAUCUUUAAAAAGAAAAUGUUAAGUGGCCGUCUUUGGAGUUCA